UUCCUUAUGAUCUUUUGAUUCUUAAUCAUCGUUAAUCCAACGGUCAAAAUGGCCCCAGCUAAUGUGGGAGCCAACGGUCAACAUAGCGUAACUGGAUACAACGGCUUGAAAACGAAGGGGUUUUUUUUAGAAGCGCGCCGUUUUUGCCACGUCGGAAACGGCAAAAGACCAAGAAGAAAGCUGCUGCUGCAUUUCCAUACGAGUGUUGUUUUUUUUUUUUUUUAAUCUCUUUUUUCUUUUCUCUCUUUCAGAAAAAAACUUUUCAAUCAACAAAGUAAGGAUUUUUUUCAGAACGCCGGGAUCCGAUUUUCUCGAUCGCAGCGACUAAUCCAAUUCAUCGCGUCGUCGUCUUUUCUCUUCGAGUUUUCAGUGCAAUUCUUUGAGAGUUAAGAGGCAUUGUUUUAGAGAAGGGGUUCUAGCUACGGGUGUGGAGUUUGGAUUUGGAAAUCUGGAAACAAUGUCCUCGAAAGGCGAUCAUCAAACCGUGCCGCUGUCGGUUCUACUGAAACGAGAAUUAGCAAACGAAAAGAUCGAAAGGCCGGAGAUUGUACACGGACAAGCGAGCCAGAGCAAGAAAGGUGAAGACUUUACAUUGCUUAAAACCGAAUGCCAAAGAGCAAUGGGAGAUGGUGUCACCACAUUCUCAGUUUUCGGGCUCUUUGAUGGACACAAUGGGUCUGCUGCUGCUAUUUACACUAAGGAGAAUCUCCUUAAUAAUGUCCUAAAUGCCAUUCCGACGGAUCUUAAUAGGGAUGAAUGGGUUGCUGCGCUUCCAAGGGCUUUGGUUGCAGGCUUUGUUAAAACAGAUAAAGAUUUUCAAGAGAGAGCAAAAACAUCGGGAACAACUGUAACCUUUGUGAUAAUAGAAGGAUGGGUUAUAACAGUUGCAUCGGUUGGUGAUUCCUGUUGUAUAUUUGAAUCAUCUGAAGGCGGAAUAUAUUACUUGUCAGCUGAUCAUAGGCUUGAAUGUAACGAAGAGGAGAGGGAACGAAUCACUGCAAGUGGGGGUGAGGUUGGUCGCUUAAAUACUGGUGGUGGUGCAGAGAUUGGUCCUUUGAGAUGUUGGCCUGGAGGCUUGUGCCUUUCACGAUCCAUUGGCGAUAUGGAUGUUGGGGAGUUCAUUGUUCCUGUUCCAUACGUAAAGCAAGUAAAGUUGUCUAUGGCUGGUGGUAGGAUGAUUAUCUCCAGUGAUGGUGUUUGGGAUGCUUUAUCAGCUGAAGUAGCUCUUGAUUGUUGUCGCGGAAUGCCACCAGAUGCUGCCGCUGCACAGAUUGUGAAGGAAGCUUUACAAGCGAAGGGUCUUCGAGAUGAUACAACCUGCAUUGUUGUUGAUAUCUUACCACAAGAGAAGCCAGCUGCUUCUUUGCCACCACCAAAGAAGCCCGUAAAAGGUAUGUUCAGGGCCAUGUUUCGCAAGAAGCCUUCUGAAUCGUCUUCUCAUGUUGAUAAAGAAUAUAUGGAGCCAGAUGUGGUGGAGGAAUUAUUUGAGGAGGGAUCUGCUAUGCUUUCAGAAAGGUUGGAUACAAAAUAUCCAUUGUGCAACAUGUUUAAGCUGUUCAUGUGUGCAGUCUGUCAAUUAGAGAUGAAACCUGGAGAGGGUGCUUCAAUUCAUGCUGGCUCAUCUAAUUCAGUAAAGUUGCGUCUGUGGGAUGGUCCUUUCCUUUGCUCUAGUUGCCAAGAGAAGAAAGAAGCCAUGGAAGGGAAAAGACGAUCAGGAGAUAGACAUAGUAGUGAAAGUGACUAGCUAGACGUCUCCAACUACUGUUGCGUUUUGUGUUCACUAACAUUUGUUUUGGAGGUGGUCAUAAAUGGCAAAGAUGACGCAUUCUCACUAUAGUAACUCCCUUCAAUUUCUUAUUGGGGGGCAUCAAGUAUUCUGCAACUGAGGAUCCAUUUGGAUCUAUACUCCAAGUCAGAAGAGCAGAGUUGAAAUGUGUGUUUAGAUUUCUGUUUUCUGGCUUCAGGAGUGAGAAGACUUGUGUUUACCUAAAGUGAAAAUUGAAAAAGAAAAUGAGAAAAGAUAGGCCGGAGGUUUUGAUAGACUCGGCAGUGCAUAGUGGCAUGCCUCAGAGGUAAUUCUUUUUUCCAUCAAAGUUCAUCCUAUUGUAUACCAGUCACUCCAAAUUUAUAGAGCUAAUGCUAAAUGAUUGUUGAUUUCAGUGUAUGUUAUAAUAUAUAGGGAGUUUGAUGAGUAUUCAAUACAAAGAAGUUAGGAAAAAACUUGUGUGGGUAGUUUGCUGAAUGAAAUUUGUUCAUGUUUCAUUGAUAUUUGUUCCUUCCUUUUACAAUUGGGAAGGUAAUCUUUGGAAUAGAAAAAGUUUCAAUCCCAUUAUUUUUUAAGCAAUGCAUUCCUCUUAACUGGAG